AUGACUUCAACUAUGAAGAUUCUACUUUUGCUUCUACUUUUACCGCUCGGAAUUAUACUAAUAAUUGCGACAAUAUAUCAUUCAAAUAUUUCUGGGUAUACUGACAAUACAGACAAAAAUGCUGUGGAACCGCAGAUAAUAAGACAUCGACGAACAAUUAGGCCCGCUACUAUACAUUAUUGCAAGUUCAAUCAGUACUAUGAUCAGGAAGAAGGCCGUUGCUUAGGUGUGCCAGGAGGCGGUAAAGUGCUUCACAUUGAAAACGGACGAUCAUGUGGCAUCAACGUCUUGAAGCCGCAUUGUAAAAGCUCUCUAUAUUAUCACAUCUGCAAGCGCGACAAGUCGAUCUUGGCGCAGUGUGCAAACAGGCAGAUUUUCGACAAUCGUUUGCAACGAUGCGUUUACUACGAUUCAAGUAAAUUAACUCCCAGUAUUAUUUCACCAAACGACUACACAUAUGAUCACGUUAGAAUGCCACGUUGCACGAGAUAUGGUCGAUUUCCCGUGCCUGGUCACUGUUCCAUGUUUUACACAUGCGACACGAAUGGACAUCGACUUUAUCAGAGUGUCUUCAAAUGCCCACAAAACACGGGAUAUCAAGUGGAUAGAGGAGUUUGUAACAUUGUGGCAGAUUGUGUGAACGACAACUCGGUGGAUACUACAGUUUGUGUUCCAGAUGCCCCGGGUGAAAAUGUGGAAUCUCCACGUCUCGAUGAAACUGUAGACGGAAACGUAAAAGAAAUUUCAGAAAUACUUGAAGAAAGUAAAGCCAAUGCGGACGAUUCUAUUGUAGAAAAGGAGGAAAAUGUAAAUUUCAAGACUUUCGAUGAUAUUAUCACUACUACUCCUAUAAAUAUAAUAGGACCACUGUCAGAGAAUAAUUAUAACGAUAAUAAUAACGAUACAAAAGUGUCAAGUAACAAUGCGAAUUCGUUAAAUCCAAUCAAAGAAGACUUAAUUUCUGAAGGUAGCGACGAAAAGAUAAUGUACAGUCAAGCUCCGAAUCAGCUUGAAACUAUGCAAAAAGCAUCUAAUGAAGGACAGAACGAAGAGGACGGAUCAUCACUAUUAAAUUUACGAAUUACAUCGCCAUUAACGACAGAACUCGAUGAUAUACCGCAUUCGAUUACAGAACAAUAUAAAAACAAUAAAGAUAGCACAGUGACGCCAUCGAAUUUCAAUAAUGAUUCAGUUAAUCUGUACUCGACACCAACAAUAAGUAAUGUACAAGAAUCUACUCCAAACAGCGACGUGUUACCGAAUAUAAAUGGAAAAAUGCAAGGUGCAUCUACAGAACAAUAUAAAAAUAACGAAGACAGCAUAGUGCCGCCAUCGAAUUUCAAUACUGAUUCUGUUGAUCUGUACUCGGCACCAACAAUGAGUAAUAUACCAAAAAUCUCUCCAAUCAGCGACGUGUCACCGAACGUGGAUGAAACAAUGCAAGAUACGAUUACAGAACAAUAUAGAAACAAUGAAGACAGCACAAUGACGCCAUCGAACUUUAAUACAGAUUCGAUUGAUUCAGCACCAACAAUAAGUAAUGUACCAGAAUCCUCUCCAAUCAGCGAUGUGUCGCCGAAUGUAGAUGAGAAAAUGCAAGAUGCGAUUACGGAACAAAAUAGAAAUAAUGCAGACAGUACAAUAACGCCAUUGAACUUUAAUACAGAUUCAGUUGAUCAGAAUCCGGCAUCAAUAAUAAGUAAUGUAGCAGAAUCUUCUCCAAUUAGCGACAUGCCGUCAAAGAUAGAUGAGGGAAUGCAAGAUGAAGCUACAGAACAAUAUAGAAACAACGAAGCUAGUAUAGUGACUCCAUCGGAUUUUAAUACAGAUUCGAUUGAUAAGUAUUCUGCAUCAACAAUAAGUAAUGUACCAGAAUCUUUUCCAAUCAGUGACGUGUCGCCGAAUAUAGAUGAAAAAAUGCAGGAUGCGAUUACAGAAGGAUAUAAAGAUAACGAAGACAGCAUAGUGACGCCAUUGACUUUGAAUACAGAUACGGUUGAUCAGUACCCGGUACCAACAGUAAGUAAUACAGCAGAAUCUUCUCCAAUUAGCAGUACGUCAUCGAAGAUAGAUGAGAAAAUGCAAGAUGCAGGUACGGAACAAUCUAAAAACAUUGAAGACAGGACACUAACGCCAUCGAAUUUGAAUUCUGAUUUGGUUGAUCUGUACUCGGCACCAAAAAUAAGUAGUAUACCAGAAUCCUCUUCAAUCAGUGAUGUGUCACCAAAUCUAGAUGAAAGAAUAAAAGAUGCGAUUACGGAAGAAUAUAGAAACAAGGAAGAUAGUAUAGUAACACCAUCGAAUUUUAAUACAGAUUCGGUUGAGAAGUAUCCGACACCAACAGUAACUGAUGUAUCAGAAUCUUCUCCAAUCAACGACGUACCACCGAAUAUAGAUGAAAAAAUGCAAGAUGCGAUUACUGAAAAAUAUAGAAAUAACGAAGACAGCAUAGUAACGCCAUCAAAUUUGAAUACAGAUUCGGUUGAUCAGUACCCGGCACCAACAGUAAGUAAUGCAGCAGAAUCUUCUCCAAUUAGCAGUAUGUCAUCGAAGAUAGAUGAGAAAAUGCAAGAUGCAGGUACGGAACAAUCUAGAAACAUUGAAGACAGGACACUAACGCCAUCGAAUUUGAAUUCUGAUUUGAUUGAUCUGUACUCGGCACCAACAAUAAGUAGUAUACCAGAAUCCUCUCCAAUCAGUGAUGUGUCACCAAAUCUAGAUGAAAGAAUAAAAGAUGCGAUUACGGAAGAAUAUAGAAACAAGGAAGAUAGUAUAGUAACACCAUCGAAUUUUAAUACAGAUUCGGUUGAUAAGUAUCCGACACCAACAGUAACUGAUGUAUCAGAAUCUUCUCCAAUCAACGACGUACCACCGAAUAUAGAUGAAAAAAUGCAAGAUGCGAUUACUGAAAAAUAUAGAAAUAACGAAGACAGCAUAGUAACGCCAUCAAAUUUGAAUACAGAUUCGGUUGAUCAGUACCCGGCACCAACAGUAAGUAAUGCAGCAGAAUCUUCUCCAAUUAGCAGUAUGUCAUCGAAGAUAGAUGAGAAAAUGCAAGAUGCAGGUACGGAACAAUCUAGAAACAUUGAAGACAGGACACUAACGCCAUCGAAUUUGAAUUCUGAUUUGAUUGAUCUGUACUCGGCACCAACAAUAAGUAGUAUACCAGAAUCCUCUCCAAUCAGUGAUGUGUCACCAAAUCUAGAUGAAAGAAUAAAAGAUGCGAUUACAGAAGAAUAUAGAAACAAGGAAGAUAGUAUAAUGACACCAUCGAAUUUUAAUACAGAUUCGGUUGAUAAGUAUUCGACACCAAUAGUAACUGAUGUAUCAGAAUCUUCUCCAAUUAGCAGCAUGUCAUCGAAGAUAGAUGAGGAAAUGCAAGAUGCAGCUACGGGACAGUACAGAAAUAACGAAGACAGCACAUCAAAUUUCAAUACAGAUUCAAUCACAGAUAGUCCGAUGUAUGAUUCUAAUGUAUUAUCUUCUCCGUCGACACUUGCCAUUUUGCCGUCACAAGCAGCUGUUGAUCAAAUUACCACGGAAGGAUUAUCCGAAGCUACUCCUGCGAUAGACAGUAAACUUGCAGAUGCUAGUUUAUUUGUGCCAAAUGGAGGCGAAAGUGUUUCUGCUCGGUAUUUACUCGACAAUACUGAUGAAUUAUAUUUAACACCAACAACGGGAUCCACUUUGAUUUAACUUUGAUUUAAGAAAGAAGUAACCGCAAGGAGUGAUAUUGCAACUACAAUACAUUCUAUGCAAGAGUCACCUAUUUCAGACACAGAUCUGGUAAUGCAAAGUAAUAAGGAUAG